AUGGAUUUAUCAGUUCAACCAUGUCGAUCAACUAGUAAUGAUUUUGACAAUAAUAUUGUUACCCAAUCAUCCAAUGAAUAUCUUCCGACGAAAAAAGAAUUAGAAUUAUGGCUACGGAAUCGAUUCACCUUACAACAAAUCGGGAAAAAGAAAUGGCUUGAAAAUAGAGAACGUCGUUAUGAUGGAUAUUUUCCUAUUGAAUUUUUAAAUGAUAAAGAAUUGAUAAUCCAUCAUAUCAACAAGUACGGACUCGAUACCGGAUUUAUUGCAAAACACUUGAGAACGGAUGUAGAUGUGUUUAUUGCAUCAAUUCGGCAAAAAAAAUCGCCAUACACGUACGUACCUAACGAGUUGUUGAGCUGCAGAGAUGCAGUGUUGGAAGCAGCAAAGAUUACUGGUCACCGAACGUUGCACAGACUUUCAUUAUCGAACCAUGAAAAAUUUCUAAACGAUAAGGAGAUUGUGUUGGCAGCGGUUACUAACGAUGGUAUCGCUCUUCAAUUUGCUUCUUCUGAGUUAAAGAAUGAUAAGGAAGUUGUGCUACGUGCAGUGAUGCAAAACAACCAAGCCCAACGUUAUGCAUCCGAGACACUAACAAAAGACAAUGAUGUUUUUUUGACUUCCAUAUGUCCGACUGUGGCACACAAAUAUUCAUCGAUUAAUUGGAACAAUGAUUCCAUCAUGUUAAUGAAAACAUUGAGAAACGAUCGUGAAUUUAUUAUUACUACUGCUGUCAAAAAUAGGUCCAUUUUGAGCUUACUGCUCAGCACAGCACAAGACUUGAAAAAUGAUCAACAAUUAGCAUUGGAAGCCAUUAAGCACGAUUUUGGCUUAAUUUAUCUCUUUUCGGACUUGGUACAUGACCAUGAAUUUAUGCUGAAAGCUAUCAGUGUUAAUGUCCUCUGUCUUAGGUAUUCUUUUAGACUAACUAAACAAAAGGAAUUUAUGAUGAGAGCAACUCGUAUUAACGGCCUUGCAUUGAUAAAUGCAUCCGAUGAUUUGAGGCGUGACCACGAAAUUGUACUUGAAGCAGUGAAACAAAACGGUGCUGCUUUUUUAUAUGCUACAGAAACAACAAGAAGUGAUCCACAAAUAGUCUCACAUGCAGUCGAGCGUUUUGGGCCAGCAUUAUUGACAGCACCUAUGGAGUUGAGACGUGACAAACAGUUUGUAUUGAAGGCGCUCAAUCACGAUUUUUCGUUAUUUAAAUAUGUGCAUGAAGAAUUAAGGAACGACAAGGAAUUUAUAAUGCAAUUGAUUACACGUCAUCCUUUUGUUCUUCGAUACGUGUCCGAUGAGUUAAAGAAUGAUAAGCAUGUUGUUUUAACGGCUGUUCAGCAAUCAGGACUUAUGCUACAGUACGCAUCAGAGGACUUAAAAGAAGACAAAGAAGUUGUGUUGCAAAGUGUGAAACAGAACGGAGGGGCCUUAAAUUUUGCUUCCAAAACUUUGCAGAGAGACAAGCAAAUCAUUAGCGAAGCUUUACAUCAAAGCCCACAUGCAAUUAACUUUUGCUGCAUGACAUUAAGAAAUGACAAGGAAUUUAUGUUAUGGGCAUUAAAACAACAUCCCAGAAUGAUUGAAUAUAUUGGUGAUAAGGACGAUGCAUUAAUUUUGGAAGCUGUAAAAACUCAUGGUUUUGGUGGAAACAGAAAGUAUGAACCAGUCUUUAGCGAAGAUUUAUUACGAGCUAGGAUGGAACAUUAUUAUUAUUCAGCAUAUUUUGGAAAUCAAAAGUGA